UUAAUCUUUUUCUUUACUACUGUCCAUGAGGCUUUACGUUUACGUGUUGCAAGCCAAGGACUUGGCUAUUCACGACACUUACGUCAAACUACAACUUGGCAGGUUCAAAUCCAAGACUAAGACUUCCUCCAAUACUUCGAACCCCGUCUGGAACGAGGAAUUCGUUUUUAGAGUGCACGAUGUCGGUGAUCAACUUCUUGUUUCCCUCUUUCACCAACACGAUUCUGCUUUCUUCAAUGCUUCCAAGGACUUGGUUGGACGAGUUGCUGUUCCCCUGUACUUGGUCUCUGAUCAACAGAAUCAAACCUUGCCUCCCACUUGGUUUUCUCUUCACAAGCCCAAUACUGGGAAGUUUAUUAAUCACGAGUCUGGAAAAAUUCUUCUAACCCUUUCUUUGCAUGGAAAAGGGCAUGAUAAUUCAACCAACCAUCUUCUUUAUUCACAAUCUGACAUUUACCACGAGGACUGCAACCAAUUUGAAAGCACCUGCAAACUAUCUCAAGACAUAUUUAAUGCCAAAGCUCCAUGUCUAAAAAUCACCAAAGGGAUAGUGAAGACUAUUGCAGGGCAGCUUGAAAAGGUUUUCAAUAAGAACAAAGAAAACUCGAGAACCGAUGAUUCCCCAUCGGACUUAUCCUCUACUGGAUCUGAUCAUGAGGAGGGACACUCCUGUGACUGCAGCUUUGAAGAAGCAGUUGAAUCGAUGCAGUUAGAGCACAACGAGCACGAUGUUCCCGAAAACCUUGAGGGAGGAAUCGUUCUCGAUCAGAUGUACGCAUUAUCCCCAAAUGAUCUAAAUAAGCUUCUGUUCGCACCUGAUUCACAGUUUAGGAAAGAUCUGGCACAACUACAGGGAGCAACAGAUGUUCAGGAGGGGCCUUGGACGUGGAAAUCCGGGGAAGUUUUGUGCUUAACACGAGUUAUUACUUACACGAAGUCCGCGACGAAGUUAGUAAAGGCUGUUAAAGCAACAGAAGAGCAAACCUAUAUCAAAGCCAAUGGUCAGGAAUUUGCCAUCCUGGUAUCCGUAAGUACUCCUGAAGUUCCUUAUGGAAGUACAUUUAAUAUCGAAUUACUUUACAAGAUAAUGCCUGGACCGGAGCUACAAACAGGAGAAGAAUCUUGUCAUCUCAUAGUAUCAUGGAGAGUUAAUUUCCAUCAGAGCACGAUGAUGAGGAGCAUGAUCGAAGGGGGAGUUAAGCAGGGAUUGAAGGAGAGUUUUGACCAGUUUUCUAACUUACUAGCUCAGAAUUUGAAGACACUGGAUCUCAUGGAAUUAUCAGACAAGGAUCAUAUGCUGUCAGCUUUGCAAUCAGAACACCAGUCCGAUUGGGAAUUGGCAAUUGGGUACUUCUGGAAUUUCACUGUCGUUUUAACCAUUUUCAUGGUUUUGUUUUUCAUGGUGCAUGUUCUACUCUGUGAUUCUUCCCAAGUCCAAGGCCUGGAAAUUGAUGGACUUGAUUUGCCUGAUAGUUUUGGAGAGCUUAUCACAAGCGGAAUCUUAGUUUUACUUUUGCAGCGUGUUUACAACAUGGUUUCUCACUUCAUCCAGGCUAGAUUGCAAAGAGGAAGCGAUCAUGGAGUCAAAGCUCAAGGUGAUGGAUGGGUUCUCACCGUAGCUUUGAUCGAGGGUGCUAACUUGGCAUCCCUGGAUUCAACAAAUGAUUUAGACCCUUACGUGGUUUUUACCUGCAAUGGCAAGACAAGAACAAGUUCUGUCAAGCUUCAAACUCAUGAUCCUCAAUGGAAUGAAAUACUUGAGUUUGACGCCAUGGAAGAACCUCCAUCGGUGUUGGAUGUCGAAGUUUUCGAUUUCGAUGGGCCUUUCGACCAGGCUGCCUCACUCGGGCAUACUGAGAUCAAUUUUCUGAAACAUACAUCCGCGGAACUAAGUAAUUUGUGGAUCUCCCUUGAAGGAAAGCCUGCUCAGACUUCUCAGUCAAAGUUGCACUUGAGAGUAUUUUUGGACAAUAACAAAGGAGUUGAAACUAUUAAGGAAUAUUUAACAAAGAUGGAAAAGGAAGUAGGCAAAAAGUUGAAUCUUCGUUCACCUCACAAGAACUCAACGUUUCAAAAACUGUUUGGAUUGCCACCUGAAGAAUUUCUUAUAAGUGACUUCACAUGUUACCUCAGGAGAAAACUGCCUGUGCAGGGGCGCCUCUUUCUAUCAGCCAGAAUUGUGGGGUUUUAUGCCAAUUUGUUUGGACACAAGACCAAGUUUUUCUUCCUUUGGGAAGAUAUAGAAGACAUCCAAGUGCUUCCUCCAUCACUGGCUUCAGUGGUUAGCCCUACUCUAGUCAUAGUUCUUCGAAAGGGACGAGGUCUUGAUGCAAGGCACGGCGCAAAGUCCCAAGAUGAAGAAGGAAGACUAAGAUUUUAUUUUCAAUCUUUUGCGUCAUUCAAUGAGACCAGCAGGACGAUAAUGGCGUUGUGGAGAACAAGAACUUCAACAACUGAUCAAAAAGAAGAGAUUGCGGAAUUGGUGCAGCAUGAACAAGAGGAAAUACCCAUCGUAACCGAAGAGAUCACCGGAUCCGUUGUGGAUGUAGAAAAUACAAAGAUGUCAAAGAUUUACACUGCUGAACUUCCCAUCUGUAUAACAUCAGUGAUGGAAACGUUUGACGGAGGAGAAAUGGAGCACAAAAUUAUGGAGAAAUCUGGUUGUCUGAAUUAUGCAGCGACCAGUUGGGAACAGGUAAAGUGUAAGAGUGGUGUUUAUGAAAGACGAGUCCGUUACAAGUUCAAUCGCCAUGUUUCAAUCUUUGGAGGGGAAGUCACCAGCACACAACAAAAAUAUCGGAUAGCAAACGGUGAUGUGGGGUGGAUUGUGAAUGAGGUGAUGCUGCUGCACGAUGUUCCAUUUAGUGAUCACUUCCGUGUGCAACUUAGGUAUCAUAUUGAGAAGUCGAGUCUCGCUCGUAAUGCAUGCAAGUGUGAUGCAUACAUCGGAAUCAAGUGGCUUAAAGUUAAAAGCAUCAAUUUUCAGCUCAGAAUAACGCGAAACAUAACUGAUAAAUUUAUUCAUCGAGUGAAAGAGAGAUUUGAAUUUCUCGAAAGAGAAAUUCUGUUUGGAACUUGGAAUUCAACAAGAUAGAUAUUACAUACAUAGUUGUGAUAUACGUUUGAUAAAGUUUCCUUAUUACUUGUAAUGAAACAAUUCUUUUCUUUCU